AUGGGCCGACAAAAGCCGAAUAAUCGAAGCAGUAGCAGCGAUUACUCAGAAGACGAUUCAGCUGAGUGCCCAUACGAGCGUAUUGUCGGUAUCCGAAAGGAUAAUAAUAAAGUAGAAUACCUUAUCAAAUUUAUCAACAAAUCUUACAAGGAAGUCAAGUGGGUUAGUGACAAGAAAGUUGGAUCUUACAAAGAAGGUGCCGCAAUGAUAUCAAAAAUAUCUAAAAAUAACCCAGUUUCAACAGCAGAACCGUAUUUUGAUCCAGAUUACUGCAAAGUCGAUCGAAUUUUACAGAAGAAAGGCGAAAAAUACUUAGUCAAAUGGCUAAAUCUCGGAUAUGACCAGAUUACUGAAGAAUCAAAUAUCGAUGAUGAAGAUAUUGAAGAGUAUAAUACAAGAAAAUCCGCUUCAUUCCCUGUAAGAUCUGAAGAACUUAAGAAAUUAGAUCAACCGCCAGCAAUUGAAACAGAAUUUCCUUAUGAAAUCGAAUAUUUUCAAUUACAUUACCUUCCAGCUGUUAACAUUCUCUUAUCUAACUUCUACGAGAACAUGCCAACAGAGCUUUAUGCAGAACUCGAACAGAACUACAGACUUUCAAUUUGCGCUUAUUUCGAAAUUUUAUACACAAAAUACGGCGUAAAGGGUCCAUUCCUUGCUGUAUUUCCACAGAAUCAACUAAAUGCGUGGAACCAAGAUCUCAGGCGCAUCAAAAACCUUACAACAGUUAUUUACACAGGAUCAAAAGAAAUCCGCAAGAAAAUCCGCGAUUUAGAGUUCAAUUCUGAAGGAUCAACAUAUGGAUUCCAUAUACUCCUUACAAGUCCCGAAGUUAUGAAGAAAGACAUUGAACUUUUGAAUGCAUUCAAAUUUGCAUCCAUUGUAACAGAUGGACCGAACAGAUGCAUGGCGAAAACAUUAACACAUUCAGGUCCAAUUGUUUCCAUCACCACCAGUCGCCUCAGAACUCGUACAUGCGAAAUCACGAAAAUCUUGGAUGUUUUACAGAGCGAUACUUUGAAAACAAUCAUUGAACCAGAUGUUCUUGACUCAGCACGUGCAGUUAAACAGCAGAUUCUCCAUGCCGCAACACGUAGAACACAGACAAAAGAGACAACAAUUCCGAAAAUGAACUUUAGAGUUGUAAAUUGUCCUCUUUGUCAAGUCCAGAAGGAUGAAAUCCUCACAGCGCUUAAUAACCAUAGAGAGCAGAUCCUCAAGGGCUCUUUCAAACCCCUCUGCCAAACAAUUUACAGAAUUUUGACCCAUCCAUUUAUUAUUCCGUAUCGUGAAUAUUAUAAUUUGAACUCAUAUUUGGAUGCAUCGACCAAACUGAUGGUUACUACAUUCCUCAUCAAAGAUAUGAUGCUUUCUGAUCAAAAGAUCUUGUUAAUGACCGAGUUUAACUCAGUUGCUGAUAUGCUUGAGGAUUAUUGUGACUUAAACAACUAUUCUUAUCACAGAAUCACUCCUGCAUCAACAGAACUGACCAUGUCUGAGUCAAAUGUCCUCAUUUGCGAUCAAAGUUACAAUAAAUUAUCUCUUGAUUACCAAUUCUUACCGCAUGUAUGCGCAUUAGUUAGCACUGUUGUGGUCAUUGAUGGAGAUGCUAACUCUGUGAUCUCAACAUUACGCCUUGCGAUGAAUUCUCAAUCGACAAUUUCGAAAGCUUACAAACUCGAGUGCAUGGAAUGCAUGGAAACCGAGUUGCGUAGGUUCGCAUACUAUAAUAUUCAAGGUUUAGAUGAAACAAAGAUCGAACCGAUCGCUAGAAGAUGCGUAUUAUGCGCAUACCAACCUGAACCAUCCGUAAACAUCAUUGAUCUUAUAAAAGGUGAAUCAGGGGAUUACAGGAAAGAAGGUUUCCUCGAAGAUGAGUUCGAAGGAAUCAAUUUCUGGGAACUCAUUCUCGAAAAUCUUCCAAACGAAGUCAAGAUCGACCCAGAUACCACAACAGACCGCGAAUGGACAGUCAGAGAGAUCAACCAAUCCGUCAGAUACCUCACAGGAAAGUCCAUUUUCGGUGGUGACGAAAUCUCUAAAUUGGCCGGAAUCAGAGUCACAGGUGAAGUGAUGAAAGACAUCGGCCAGGUAUUGUUAUCCUUCUUUAUUAGGAACACAAGAGGUGGUGGCUCAUAUUACCACGCGAGAAAGCUCUUAACAAACGAGAAGAACACGAAAUUCUUCGAAAAAGGUGUCUGGGCAACUUCAAGUUUCAGAAGUUCCCUGAAAAAGAUCAACAACAUUUACCUGAAAAGAGUUGAAAUGCUCUAUCUUUUCAACGAGAAACUGAAACUUGUGAAGACAUACCACGAGUUGGAAGACUGGGGACCAACAGGAGAAGAGCCAUUCAUUGGAUGGAAUGAAGAUUUAGACAAAGCAUUGGUUUUCGCAACUGUCAAAUACGGUUUUGGAAAUUACGACUUGUUUUUGAUGGACGAAGACCCAAUGAUCAGCCAAAUGUUUGUUACACAAGAUGGAGAAGAUGUACAGAGAUCGUAUUACACGGACAGACUGAACAAACUCGGAGAAGCAAUUGGAAGAGUCAUGAAACCAGAGAAAGACAAAAACCAGCAAAACUCGAAGAAGAAAUCGAAGAAAGUCUUUGUUGAUACAGGUGUUCAUUCUCAAUGGACUAAAGCAGACAAAGACAAAUUGAGACUCCAUCUAAUGAAGGAUGGAAUAAGAAGAGAUGCAAACGGAGAAUGCGAUUACGCGGCCUUGAGAUUGACUCUUGGAUGGAGUGACAAAUCAGUUGAUGAAGUCAGAGAUUACUUGGAAUCUUUCAUGGAACAAUGCAACAAGAAUAAAGCGGAAGGAAAGAAAGUCGAGAAAGUAAGUGAUGGAGAAAUAGCUCCUGCAACUGCUUUGAGAAUUGUUAAACACGUUCAAGCAUUAGAUCAACUCCGAGAAAUGCUGAAUACUUUGUCAGAUGAUGUUUUUGUCAGUAAAAUCGAAGCUGCAAUGGAUAGAAGAGAACUUCCAUCGGAAUUCACAAGUAAAAUGGAAAUGCUCUUCUUCAAGAGAUUCGCCGAAAGAGGUUUCGGAUCUCCAAGCCAGAUUUUGAAAGAAGAUCCAUUUAAAGCAAUGUUCGCACACAUGGAAACAUUGCCUGAAUGUUUAGUAACUGAAUACAGAAACAUCAGAAGAAUCAACGCAAUCUACGCGAAGUACAAGAACGAGCCAGAAGAAAAGGACCAUUACGCGGACCAGAGAAGAGAACAGAGACGUAAAAGAGAACAAGAAAGGAAACUUAAACAACAAAAUCCAACAGCAAAUACACAAGGAAAAACAGAAAGUUCUUCAACACAAAAUAAAGAAGAAAACAAUAAAAAGAAGAGAAGAAACAACAGAAGAAAUAAAGAUGAAUCUUCUGAAUCUUCUUCUGAUGAUGAUAUGCCUGAUUUACCAACAUCUUCAUCAUCAGAAUCUUCUUCCGAAUCUUCAGAAUCAGAGUCAGAAAACGAAAGUUCUGGAUCUUCAACAGAAAAAUCUGAAAAGGAAGAAAAGAAGAAUUCUCAAGAAAUCGAACAAAAAGAAGAAGAACCUGAAGAAAAACAAACAUCUAACGAAUACAUUGUUACUUCAAGAAACAAAGUUCUCCUUCAAGUCAUGCAAGGAAAUGUUACUUUUCCUUUGGAAGUUGCUGCAGGAGCCAGACUUGAAAACAUCGGAUACAUUGUUUACGACAGACCGAAAUGGCACACGCAAAGAUACAUUUUCCCUGCAAAUUACACAUACGUGAAGCUCUAUUAUUCACCUGUAGAAGCAAAGAAGAAAUGCCUCUGGAGAGCAACAAUUAUUGACAAUGGAGGAAAUACUCCUCUAUUUGAAAUUACUUGUAUCGACCACCCUGAAUAUAAAUACCAGGGUUUCACACCAACAGCACCUUGGACAGCACUAAGCAAAGAUGUAAAGGAUAGAUUGGGAACAAAGAUACCUGCAAUUGGCGGUUUGAACGCUCUGGGAUUGUCAAAUCCAAUUGUGGAGUAUCUUAUUUCUAAGUUACCUAAUUUCGAUAAAUUGACCGAUUUCAUUCCAAAGAUAUUUAAAGUCAAACAAUAA